CCCAAAGACAAAUAAAAAGAGUAAAAGAAAAAGAGCAAACCAAUCCACUUGGAAAUUCGUAUCAUUUCCGUUCUAAACCCCCCAUCCCGUCACCCUCCCUUGAAAAUCCAAUUCGAAAUUUAAUUACUUCCACUGGACUGCUCAGACCUUUAAAUUCGUAAAAGGCAAUCGAGGUUGGUCGACGAUGAUAACCACUCCGUUUCUGAAGGCGUCAACUGCGCCGCCGCCGUAUUCUAAACCCCAGCGCCGCGUCGGCACCGGAUUUGGCACCCAUAACCGUCCUCCCUUUGGGGUGAAGUGUCUCCACUGCAACCCUGGGCUCCCGUUGCGAGCCCGUGCAACUGACGAGAGGCUAGAUGUGAGGCCUUUUGCGAGCAUUUCUCGUUCAAGUAAUCAAGAAACAUCUUCAGUUGCUGUUAAUCCACAACCAGCAGUUCCACCUCCUCCGUCAUAUGUAGGGUCACCACUCUUUUGGAUUGGAGUUGGCGUUGGGCUCUCAGCGCUGUUUUCAUGGGUUGCUGCAAAUUUAAAGAAAUAUGCAAUGCAACAAGCUUUCAAGACAUUGAUGGGACAGAUGAAUUCUCAAAAUAACCAGUUCAAUGAUGCAGCUUUUUCUUCGGGAUCACCUUUUCCAUUUUCUAUGCCUUCAAUGCCGGCGCCUUCAACCUCACCUCCUCCAGUCGCUUCUCAAUCUGCUGUUACAGUAGAUGUGCCUGCAACAAAUGUAGAAGCAGCGCCUACAACUGUUGUCAAAGAUGAAACAGAAGUAAAAAAGGAAUUGAAAAGACUUGCUUUUGUAGAUGUUUCACCGGAAGAAGCAGAGCAAAAGAGCCCUUAUGAAAGCUUUAAAGAUGCUAGUGGAACAAGUUCGUUCAAGGAUGCUCAGAUUGCUGGGGUGGUUUCUCAAAAUGGAGCUGCUUCUGAGCGCAUAGGUGGUUCUGAAUGGUCCCAAGCUACCACUAACCCUGCUGGUUCCGAGUUGUCCCAAUCUACCCGUAACUCCACUGCUUCUGAUGGGUCCCAAUCUACCCGAAAAUCUGUCAUAUCGGUGGAUGUUUUGGAGAAAAUGAUGGAAGAUCCAACAGUGCAGAAGAUGGUUUAUCCCCAUUUACCAGAGGAGUUCAGGAAUCCUGAUACCUUAAAAUGGAUGCUACAAAAUCCACAAUAUCGUGAACAACUUGAGGAGAUGCUGAAUAACAUGACCGGAAGCAGCGAAUGGGACAAGAGAAUGAUGGAUUCCUUGAAAAAUUUUGAUCUUAACAGUCCUGACGUUAAGCAGCAGUUUGAUCAAAUUGGGCUUUCACCUGAAGAAACUAUUGCAAAAAUUAUGGCCAACCCUGAAGUUGCCCAGGCCUUUCAAAACCCAAGAGUCCAAGCAGCAAUCAUGGAUUGUUCACAGAACCCUCUGAGCAUUGCAAAAUAUCAAAAUGACAAGGAGGUUAUGGAUCUUUUCAAUAAAUUAUCGGAGCUCUUCCCUGGAGUGAGCGGUCCACCAUGAUUGCCGUCGUUCAUUCAGAGUUCACAGUUGGUCGAUGCUGGAGUAGAAAUGCUCAUUAUUUGUUCUUCAUGACUAAGGUGGUUAGAACAAAAAUCUAAAUCUAAAGCCUGCAUGACUGAACAUACUUUCCCUUGCUGGUAGUGGUGGGCCAUAUAUUGAGAUAUGCUUCUUGCCCGCAUCCUCUUCUAAAUUCAGCUAAAGAGUUCCCUCGCCUCAUCCCAUGCUCAGAAUAUGUAGUGAUGGUUGAAUCAGUUUUCGUAAUGGCUUUUGUGAUGUUAGUUUAAACUCUUAUUUUGUGGAAUCAAUUUGCUCUUAUAACUAAAUCCCUCUUGAUAAUGUCGUGGGAUUGGGAUUCA